AUGGCAGAUCAGUUGCUUCAGGAAGUUGGAGAAACUACAGCAUAUAUCGCUAAUCCUGAUGGCACAUAUUCAGCCGUUCCGUUGACAACCACUGAAGAUGGACAAGUGGUGAUUGCUCUGAACGAUAUGACCUUUGGAAAUGAGAACGAGGAGAUGGUUGUCAUAGCAGCUGACGAUAAUAUGGAUAUGGCCACGCUAGAGAACUUGAUAGCAUCUGGCGCGGUUACAACAGUGCGUGAGGAGAACGGAACCGAAUACCUACAUUUAGCAGACCCCAAUCUUGAAGGAGCUCAGAUAAUUGAGUUGAGCGCCGAUCAAAUGCAUUUACUUGACCCUGCUUCCCAAGCUUAUCUCACUGCUGCCGGUUUGGCUCCCAGCGGUGCUGGAUUUGUCACCUUGACUGGUGCACCUACUGGUGUGGCCUACCGCUGUCCAUCCUGUCCAGCAAUGUAUGCGAAUGCUAACGCCUUUACUAAACACAUGCGGGAAAAGCAUUUUGUCAAAGUUUACACCUGUCGGCAGUGCGAAGAGUUUUUUGAGACUUUGAGCCAGCUAUUCCUGCACGCAAGACGCAGCCAUGUGGAUCCGAAGAAGCCAAAACGCAAUCCGGCGAACUUCAAAUUUCACUGCGAUCAGUGCAAUUACAUGACCAACAAUGGUGGCACAAUGGAACACCACAAGCGAGCGCAUACGGGUGAAAAGCCAUAUGUUUGUGAUGUUUGCAACAAACGAUUCGCCCAAAAGGCCAAUAUGAAGACUCACCGAAACAGACACAUUCACCGCGACAAGAUUUUUCGCUGUGAUACUUGUAACAAAGCCUUUUCUUCCUAUGACAUCUAUCUUGCACAUCUGCGAACUAGAGAACAUGAACUUCGGGAGCACUUUGCGAUGAUGGCAUCAUCACAGUUGGCUCUGGAAUGUCUCGGUUGCGCAGUCACUUUUGACAGUAUAUACAACUUGAAUAAGCACACGCGAAGUUGUCGGAUUGUGCGUACUUUACAGACUAAAUUCAGAUGUCUUCCCUGUAACGCCUAUGUCACUGAUGUGGCUUCCCUGAAAGCCCAUGUCAAGGCUCACGAGGGAAGCCAGAUAAUUUCCUGCCCCGUGUGUGGAGAACGCGGAUUUCCCGGAUUCAACCAACUCAAUCAUCACAUCACUCGUGCGCACGCUCUGAAAGUCAACCGACGUCACGUCUGUCGGUAUUGUGAGUCCACGUUUGAAAUCAAGCGUGACCUGGAUAUGCAUAUCCGGAGUAUGCACGCAGAAGAACGUAACGCCCGACAGUCUCGUGGUGCGGUGGGUCGACUCAAGUGCCGGUAUGAUCAAUGUGAAUUCACCACCAAUUCUAUUAUGUUAUUGGAUCGACAUCACGAUCAGCAUCGACGCCAGGAAGAGGAGGGAGCCAGCUUUUCUGUACCUGUCCCGUCAGCUGGAACACUCACUUAUCCACGCAAACGGCAAUUGAAGCAACCGAAACGAAACCGCAGCACGGACACGUAUGAUGAUGAUACAGACGAUGAUGAAGUUCUGGAAGAGGAAGACGAAGAGGCGGUCCCGGAUGCACAAGAAGAGCGUGUUUAUGAGGAUUCAACCCCUGAAGACAAUACUAUUACACGUAGAACAAUCACGCUGAUAAAAUCUAAAAAGGGCACUUCACGUGCCUCAGGGUUCCCCAACUCGCAACUCGGUGAGGCGAAUACUGAGUUAAGCAAGGAGGAACCUGAAGUUGAUACAGUGACUGGCCGCCGAAUGUCCAGAGCGCGUCGUCUGCCUGCCUGGUACAAAGACUACGACACAGAUCUUGUCGCUCCUCAACAACCAGUACUCAAUCGUGAACAGUUACAGGCCCAGUUGCCUCCGGGUAUUGAACUGGAGGAUCCAUCUGCCAUAGAAAAACAAGAUGUACCGACAGAGGAAUGGAAUAUUGUUGUUUACGAAGAUGAAGAAGAGGAAGAUGAGGAUGAAGGGGCUAUGGAAACGACCACCAAAUGUUUUGAAUACGUCCCAAUGGAGGACGGAGGAAACUGUGAUCCGGAGUUACUCACUGAAGCACCCGAGAACCUCCUGAUCCCCUAAAGCGGUUGGAUAGCUCCUCAUUCCAUAUCACAAAAAUUUCAUUACGAUUCCUAUCCACAUUCAUCCUUAUCUUGCUCAUGAUCGAACUGUACAGUUCAGAUACGCCACUUCCACUUACAUAAGAAGGUGAAAAGAACUACUGUUACGAAAGUAUUUGUUACAAACUUGGAUGCUAUGACUACACCACCACUGUUCCACUUUGCCCGUGUUCCCCAGUCUAUUUUGCUGUUCCUUCUUACCGUCGUGUCUAUUUUUGGCAGUUUCUGCUGCACGUAUACACUGUAAAUUGCACACCUUGUAUAAAAUAAUGCAUAUCCUCCCUCGU